UCUCCUUUAAAAUGUGUAUAUUUAAAGUCAAAUUUUGCUACUGUAAAUUUGAAUUAUCAAAAUAGUAAGAAAAGAAAGGAAUACUAUGGGAAAAAAAAGUUAUACUCGCUUUUUAGUGAUAACUCCAAUAUAUGUGAUAGGUUAAUGUUAUUGAAAAAUUUACCCAGGGACAAAAAUGAGAAAUAUGAAGGAAUUAGUGCAGAGGUAAUAUACAAAUAUUUGCUAAAUAAAUAUAAAAAAUGUUUUAACUAUAUAAGUUUUAGUGAAAUAAUACAAAGCAUAAAAACAUUUGAUGAAUUGGACAAAAAAUUUAGUCGCGAUGGUGAUUUUUUCGUGGCAAUAACGGGUGUAGAUAAAACCGUUUUAUGCAAAAUAAACGAAUUCGAAUUCAGUGAAAAGGAUUUACAUUUUCAUAGAAGGGAACUAUUAGGAAAAAUUUGCAAUAGAUUGAUUAAACAUGUGCAUGAAUGAGCGGAAAUGAAUUAAUUCAUUUUAUGGUUUAUUUUUUUAGAUGGAAUAAAAGUGACAGGAAGUUGUCUCUUUUCUAUAAUUUUUAUUUUAAUCAUGUCUUUGAUAAUUUAUAUCUUUUUGGUUAUGAAAUUUAUAAGGUCCUUUUUAUAUUAAACACAUAUCUCAUUAAUAAUGAUUCUAGCAUUAUUUUUGAUGAACGCUUAAUGGGGAAAAACAUGUUUAAUGUAUACCAUUUCAGGGAAUUAAAGAACAAGGGGAAUUACGCGCUCAAAAUGAGCAAAGAUGAAAUUUACAAGAAAUGUUAUGACAAGUUGUUAGAAGACAUAGAUAAAAUUGAAAAGAAAAACGUAGUAAACAUUUUAAAGCUAUAUGUUGACAAUUUAAGUAAGAAUAUUAACAUAGACAAUAAACUUGUGGAUAAUGUUCACAACAAUUUAAUAAGCGAAAACGUAGACUAUCUUGUAAAAUUGGUGAAUAUAUACUGUGACAUGAUUAAGAAAGAGGUACACUGCACUGCCUCGAUAGUUUCCAAGUUAAAGGACGUGAUUUUAUGCAUCUAUCAAUUUUUGAAAGAAAGAGAAAACGAAAAAAAGGUUCUCUCUGAUGUAAAUUAUAGUACACUACUAAAUUCGGUAAAUAAUAAAAAUGUUUUAAAUAAAAUUAUGGACAACACCUUUAGUCUGUUGUACGAACAUUUACUAAAAACUUUUUGGAACGUAAAAUUUGAAAACCUUCAGGCACUUUCCAUUUCACUCAUUUCUAUAAAAAACAUACAUUUUACUUUAUUAAGAGGGAGGCAUUUUACCAAUAAUGUUUUAUUCUGCGCUACUUUGAAAUUCGGCUUAGAUGCGUCAAAUAGGUUCCUGGAGAAAUGCUUAAAAAUAAAUAAUAAAGAUGCAGUACACAUUAUACAUAGUAGUGGUGAUGGCGCAUCUAAUGGGAUGAGUCUGGAAAAUUUGCAGAAAAUAAAAAUGGGGAAGAGAAGCGAAUAUUAUUUUUACAAAAUAGAAAAUUAUUUAGAUUUUAAUUUCAAAUUGAAAGUUAGUGAUUUGUUGUCUAUUAAAGUUCUGUCAAACUCUUUCGCAAAGGCAGAACAGGUGCACAAUUCGUAUGAUUUUUAUUUACUUUUUAAUAACAUCUCGUGCAUCUUGUAUUAUUUUAUAGUAAAUAAGAAUAAAAUAACGAGAUUUAAUGACACAUAUAUCUACGUUUUGAAUGACCUCUCUUAUGUAUACAAAAAUGUGAAAAAUAGAGCAGCACGUAGCAGCCUAAUUGAAAGUGGUGUUCAAAAGUUAUUUUGCAAAAACGUUUUAAAAGUCAGCAACCUUUAUAUGAAAAAUCUCCAUGAAGAAAGCAACUUCCAACGAGAUCAGUAUGUGUGUUCCCUAAUUUUUCUGAAUAAUUUAUUUUUCGAUAAAAUUGUUCUUUUUGAGCAUAUAAACAAUGUUUGGAACAACGUUUAUAAAGCGUAUAACUAUUUUAAACGCAAUAUAAUGCUUAACGAGGAUAUUAUAUCUUUAAUUCUUCUAACUUGUUCUAAGUUCCAAUUUUUUACAGAAAACAACUCAAAUAGCAGGUAUGAAAUUAGCGAAGAUUUGUUAUUAGGAACUUUGAAAAAUGAAAUUGCAAAGGUUAACGCAAAAAACAACGGCAACAGCUUUGUAUGUACCAAGGCUUCAGAUAACGGUACUGCGAAGACAAAUUGGGGAAAUAUUCCCACGGAAAGUGCGAAACGUGAUUUAUUUAUAAAUAUGAGCAAAAUUAUUGAAUGCUUAAUAAAGUUAGAUAUAUUUUUUUACUUAAAAAAUAGACAUAUCUACGUGCAGCUAUUUAUGGAGGCGUUCUGCAGUAUGUGCUUAAAAUUGAACCUGUUAAAAAAAUUGCUCUACAUAGCUAAUCACUUAUAUGUGUAUGAAAUAUAUGGUUACGUCUCCGAAAUUUUGGAAAAAUUGGUAGAAGGAUACGGACAAAUUUCUUACAAUUUUAUCGAAAAUGUGGAAAAUAAGCUCUUUGAGAAGAUUACGUGCUAUAUAUCGGAAGAUGAUUAUAUCGAAAUGUCAAACACCUUCUUUGUGCUAUUUUAUGACUAUUUUGAAAGUUUUCAUAGGGAGAAGACGUAUAUAAAUGUGCUGCGUCUUCCGAAAUGCGGCACACAUUUUACCAAGCUAAACCAUGGAGGUGAUGCGCAUGACGUGGUACUAAACGACGUUCAGUGCAAUGCAGGUAAUAACCCCAAAACUGUUAUGGACGCAUAUAGUGGCAAUGCUGAAAAUGCUCUAAAUGUUGUUAAUAAAGUAGGAACUUUACAGCAUUGUGAGAAUAGUACAAAUAAAGGUUUUCUAAAAAAGAGCACCAACGAAGCGGAUCUUUUCAUAAGCGAUAUCGUAAAUUUAUUUAAAUUCUUGAAGAUAGAUAGAGGCAAAUUUAUCCUAUUUCAACUUUACAUGUACCUUUGUAGUAGCAAAAAGUUCCAAAAGAGUGAUGCCUCAUCAUCGGCGUUUCACAUGGAGGUGUUCAGGGUUUUACAGGACAUUCAUCCGAGGUACCUGUGGGUGCAAAAUUUCAACAUUAAAAAUGAGCAAGGGACAUUUCUGUACACAAUCGACAUCAUGCUGUUCCAAGCAAGCGGGGGAGGUGAGGGCAUAUAA